AUGUCCGACAAACAAAGACAACAGCACGUCUAUCAAACUCUAAAGCAAAAACAUCUAAGUCUAGGUGAUGAAAAUACAACAAAGGAGGAAUGGCUCACCAAUGUUCAGCGAGAUAUAUAUAAUUCCAUCCAGGGACACUCAGGUCUAUUAGAGUACACGGCAUUGAAUCAGCAGGGCCUAACUAGCAGCCAAAUGUUGAGAGUAAGCAUGAUCAAGAAGAUGGCUCAGAAGGCUGAGAUACGAAAACGGAUAGCAGAUUCAACUGAUGAAGAGAGAAGGAAGAUUGUUAAAAAGUGA